GCUGAAGAUCCGACGGCCACACGACUACCAUCCAGUGGGUUCCGUUGGCGCUGCCGCUGGCGCUGGCCGGAUCCCAGAUGCCGUCGGAGGCAGUGUUUCAUCGGUGGCCGGCAAGUCCCGGUCGUCCUCAGCGGAAACUGGGAGCCUGGGCAGCGAGGCGAUCUCCAACCUCGUUCCGGACUCGCCGCACAAGAUCUAUAUGGGGGGCCUGCCCACGUGCCUGAACGAGACGCAGAUCAAGGAGCUGCUGCUGUCGUUCGGCCAGCUGCGGGGCUUCAAUCUGGUCAGGGACCCCAGCACAACGCUCAGCACGGGGAACGCCUUCUUCGAGUACGUCGAUCCAUUGCUCACGGAACAGGUGAGUGCCAAUCUGAACGGCAUGCAGCUCGGGGACCGCCGGAUACCCAGCGGCCGGUACGCGGGCACCCAGCAGAUCCCCAUCCAAGUGCCCGGCCUUGUGGCCACAUCCCUCACGGGCUCCACGGCGGGGCUGAACAAUGCCACUCAGGUGCUGUGCCCUCUCAAUAUGGUGCUGCCGGAGGAGCUGCUGGACAACGAGGAGUACGAGGACAUACGCACCGACAUCGAGCAGGAGUGCAGCAAGUACGGCGAGGUUCUUAGCCUCAAGAUACCACGCCCCCAGGCCAGCGGAGCGGAAGGGGAAACUGGAGGGGACUCUGGCACUCGCCCCAAGGGCUGCGGCAAGGUGUACGUCCACUUCGGGACCAUCGAGGACAGCGAGAAGGCUCUGGGCGCCCUGAGUGGCCGCAAGUUCAGCGGCCGCAUUGUCAUUGGUUCCUUCUUCGAUCGCGACAAGUAUUUGUCGGAGGAAUUUUGAUGGAUUUCCAUUGGAUUUUCAUUUUGAAUGCAAUUUUUGAUCUCAAAAUAAAGGCUAUGGUUCGGCUAUGUUCGGUUUAGGGAACGAUUUGUGUGAUUCAAGGUCUCAAUUC